AUGUUCACCACUGGUAGUGGUUUGCUCAUUAUCUAUCUAUCUAUCUACGAUAGUGUUGUAUACCUAGUGGUUUGCCUAUCUAUCUAUCUAUCUAUCUAUCUAUCUAUCUAUCUAUCUAUCUACGCUAGUGUUGUAUACCUUGUCGUUGGCAUUUAUUUAACUUACCUACGCUAUUUUUCUACCUACGAUGUUUUUUUUCUUUCUUUCUUUUUGUCUUUCAUUCUUUUUUGCUUCUUUCUUUCUUUCUUUCUUAUUUCAUUCUUUCUUUCUUUCUUUUUUGCAGUCUCCUCCUUCCUUCUUCGUCUCUUCUUUCACUUUAUAAUCGUGCAGUUCUUUCUUUCUUUUUUUCUUUGUUUCUUUCUUUCUCUCUUGCUUGCUUGCUUCUUCCUUUCUUUCUUGCUGCUUUCUUUCUUUCUUGCUUUGUUUGUUUGUCUGUUUCUUUCUUUCUUCCUUUCUUCCUCUCUUUCUUUCUCUCUUUCUUUCUUUCUUUCUUCCAGUUUCCUUCUUCCUUCUUCGUCUCUUCUUUCCCUUUUUAAUCAUGCAGUUCUUUCUUUCUUUGUUUCUUUGUUUCUUUCUUUCUUUCUUUCAGUUUCCUCCUUCCUUCCUUCCUUUCUUUCUUUCUUUCUUUCUUGUCAUCGUUUUUUUUUUUUUUUUUUUCAUCGUACACCUCUUUCUUUCUUGCUUGCUUGCUUUUUCUUUAUUUCUUUUCUUUCUUUUCUUUCUUUAUUUCUUCCUUUCUUCCUUCCUUUCUUUCUCUCUUCCUUCCUUCCUUUCUUUCUUUCUUUCUUUUCUUCCUUUCUUCCUUCCUUUCUUCCUUCCUUCCUUUCUUUCUUUUUUCUUCCUUCCUUUCUUUCUUUCUUUAUUUCCUUCCUUCUCUUCCUUCCUUCCUUUCUUUCUUUCUUUUCUUCCUUCCUUCCUUUCUUUCUUUCUUUCUUUCUAGAUUGCUUUUGUUUUUUUUUCAUCGUCCCUUCUUUCUAUUACAUUAUUUUGUUUUUUCUUUCCUUCUUUUUAAUCGUGCAUUUCUUUCUUUCUUUCUUUCUUUCUUUUCUUUCUUUCUUUCUUUCUUCCAGUUUUCGUCCCUUCUCUCAUUUAGAUGUCAUUCUUUUUUAUAAAUGUACACCUCUUUCUUUCUUUGUAAACUUUCUUUCUUUUUUCUUUCUUUCUAUCUUUCUUUCAGUUUCCUCCUUUCUUCUUUCGUACACCUCUUUCUGUCUUCCUUUCUUCCUUCCUUUCUUCCUUCCUUUCUUUCUUUCUUUCUUUCUUUCUUUCUUUCUUUCUAGAUUGCUUUUGUUUUUUUUUCAUCGUCCCUUCUUUCUAUUACAUUAUUUUGUUUUUUCAUUCCUUCUUUUUAAACGUGCAGUUCUUUCUUUCUUUUUUCUUUGUUUCUUUCUUGCUUGCUUCUUUCUUUCUUGCUUGCUUGUUAGUUUCUUUCUUUCUUUCUUUCUUUCUUUCUUCCAGUUUUCGUCCCUUCUCUCAUUUAGAUGUCAUUCUUUUUAUAAAUGUACACCUCUUUCUUUCUUUAUGGCUUUCUUUCUUUUUUCUUUCUUUCUAUCUUUCUUUCAGUACACCUCUUUCUGUCUUCUUUCUUCCUUCCUUUCUUUCUUUCUUUCUUUCUUUCUUUCUAGAUUGCUUUUGUUAUUUUUUCGCCGUCCUUUCUUUCUAUUACAUUAUUUUGUUUUUUCUUUACUUCUUUUUAAUCGUGCGGUUCUUUCUUUCUUUUUUCUUUGUUUGUUUGUCUGUUUCUUGCUUGCUUGCUUCUUUCUUUCUUUCUUUCUUUCUUCCAGUUUUCUCCUUCCUUCUACUUCUUUUCUUUCGUUUAAAUGUCAUCUUUUUAUAAAGGUACUCCUCUUUCUUUCAUUCUUUCUUUCUUUCUUUCUUCUUUCUUUCUUUCUUUCUUUCUUUAUUUAUGUCUUAUUUAAUAAUGUCACUCUCUCUCUCUUCUUCUCUUACUUUUCCCUCUAUUUCUCCAUCUGCUGCGCUCUUUAUCACUCUCGCAUUGUCUUUAUCGCCAUCUUUUUUUUUUCCUUUUCUUGUCAUGCCCGCGACACUCUCCUUCCCCCUCUCUCUAAGUUUUCUACUAUCACUUUUUUUUUCAUUUUAAAAUUCUCUGUCUCUCAUUUUCCCUCGCAGAUUCUAUUGCUGCCAAGUAUUGUCAAUCCCUCUCUUUCCCUCCUGGUUUCUCUUCCCCUCAGUUUCUAUUUCUGCCCCCACUCUCUUUCCCUCCCAAUUUCUUUAUUCUGUCCCUUCAUUUUCUCCCUCCCAGUCUCUCUUUCUGCUCCCUCCCUCUCUCAUUUUCACUCGCGGUUUCUCUUUCUGUCCCCCUCUCUCUGCUUUUCCCUCCCAGUUUCAUUAUGUCCCCAUAUUUCCCUUUUUCUCUCCAACAUACUUUUUCUUCUCCCCCUCACUCUUUCCAUCCCAGUUUCUCUUUCUUCCCCCUCUCUCUUUCCCUCGCAAUUUCUCUUUCUGUCCCCUCAUUCUUUCCCUCUAAUACUCUCUUUCUGCUCCCUCCCUCUCUCACCUUCCCUCGCAGUUUCUCUUUCUGUCCCCCUCUCUCUUCCUUUCCCUCCCAGUUUCAGUUUCUUCCCACUGUUUCCCUUUUUCUCUCUCAGUUUCUGUUUCUUCUCCCCCCCUCACUCUUUCCCUCCAAGUUUCUCUUUCUUCACCUCUCUCUUUCCUUCACAAUUUCUCUUUUUCUGCCCUUCUUUCUGCCUUUCCCUCCAAGUUUCAAUUUUUCCCCUCAUUUUUCCACUAAUUCUCUCUUUUUUUUGCUCCUCCCUCUCUCACUUUCCCUAUCAGUUUCUUUUUGUCCCCUUCUCUCUGCUCCCUUUCCCUCUUUCAAGUUUCUCUUUCUUUCCCCCCUCAUUAUUUUCUUCUAAUUCUCUUCUUUUUUUUUGCUCCCUCCUCUCUCCUUUCCCUACCAGUUUCUCUUUUUGUCCCCCCUCUCUCUGCCUUUCCCUCAAAGUUUCACUUUCUUUCCCUCAUUCUUUUUCUUCUAAUUCUCUCUUUUUUCCUCCCUCUCUCACUUUCCCUACCAGUUUCUCUUUUUGUCCCCCUCUCUCUGCCUUUCCCUACAAGUUUCACUUUCUUUCCCCUCAUUCUUUUCUUCUAAUUCUCUCUUUUUGCUCCCUCCCUCUCUCACUUUCCCUACCAUUUCACUUUCUUUCCCCUCCCUUCUUUUCUUCUAAUUCUCUCUUUUUUUGCUCCCCCCUUCCCUCUCUCCCUUUCCCUGCAGUUUUUUUCUCUUUCUUUUGUUCCCCUCUCUCUACCUUUUCCCCUCCAAGUUUCUCUCUUUCUUUCCCCUCAUUCUUUUUUCCCCUAAUUCUCUCUUUUUUUGCUCCCUCCCUCUCUCCUUUCCCUACCAGUUUCUCUUUUUGUCCCCCUCUCUGCUUUUUUCCUCCAAGUUUCACUUUCUUUCCCUCUUCUUUUCUUCUAAUUCUCUCUUUUUUGCUCCUUCCCUCUCUCUCCUUUUCCCUACCAGUUUUCUCUUUUUGUCCCCCUCUCUCUGCCUUUCCUCCAAUUUCCUUUCUUUCCCCUCAUUCUUUUCUUCUCUCUAAUUCUCUCUUUUUGCUCCCUCCCUCUCUCCAGUUUUCCCUUUCCCUCUUUCUCUUUUUUUCCCCCUCUCUCUGCCUUUUUCCUCAAGUUUCUCUUUCUUUCCCUCUCCUGCCUUCUCCUCUUCUCUUUUCUUCAAUUCUCUUUUUGCCCCUCCCUCUCUUUCACUUUCCCCCUACCAGUUUCUCUUUUUUUUGUCCCUCUCUCUGCCCUUUCCCCCUACAAGUUUCACUUUCUUUCCCCUCAUUCUUUUCUUCUUUCUCUCUUUUUCCUCCACCUCUCUUUUGCUUUCUCUUUUGUGUCCCUCUCUCUGCCUUUCCCCCUUCCAGUUUCUUUCCCCUUUUUUCUCCUCUCUUUUUGCUCUCCCUCCUUCCCUUUCCUACAGUUUCUCUUUUCUUUCCCCUCAUUUCUUUUUUCCCUUUCUGCGCUUCUAAUUCUCUCUUUUUGCUCCUCCUCUCUCACUUUCCCUACCAGUUUCUCUUUUGUCCCUCUCUCUCUUUCCUUUUCACUUUCUUUCCCCUCAUUCUUUUCUUCCUAAUUCUCUCUUUUUUUGCUUUCUCUCCUUUCAGCACUUUCUUUCCCCCUCCAUUUCUUUUCUUUCCCUAA